GCAUGAUUUGAUUAAGUUUUACCCGCGGCAGAUGAUAGCAAACUAUGCAAGGCGAUCUCAGCAGUCAACGCCCCUCUCUGCUUCUCUCACGCUUCGUUAUAAACUCAAGGGCGGAAGUGAGGGGACGAGUUGGGACGAGAUUUCACCGUCGUCGGCGGAAGCAAUGGACCCAGAUGCGGUAGCGAAGGCCUUCGUGGAGCACUACUACCGGACGUUCGACAGCAACAGGGCAGCGCUGGGGGGCCUUUACCAGGACGCCUCUAUGCUCACCUUCGAGGGCGAUAAGAUCCAAGGCGCCGCGGCCAUCGUCGCGAAGCUUACGUCUCUUCCCUUCCAGCAGUGCGCCCACGCCAUCACAACCGUCGACUGCCAGCCAUCCGGCCCUGCCGGUGGCAUGCUCGUCUUCGUCAGCGGCUCCCUCCACGUCGGUGGCGAGUCGCACGCACUCAAAUUUAGCCAGAUGUUUCAGCUUAUGCCAACGCCACAAGGAAGCUUCUAUGUAUUGAAUGACAUAUUCCGUCUAAACUACGCCUGAGCAAUCUUUUGCACAUGGACUAGAUGGCAGUAGCUGAGCGACUUGUAUGGAUUUGGGAUUGAACAAAUAUUGAUUGUCCACUUAUGUUUAAUUGCUUGUUCUGUAAUAUUGCUCUUUGGUCGUGUGGGGUUCAACCUCUUUAGGGUCUACAAUGGUUUAGUCAUGACCUUUAUUUACCAUGCAUCUGUGUGUCUCUGCUUGUUAAGACGGAUCAUGUGCUAUUUAUUUGGAGGAGAUUUUGCAGGUUCUUAUUUGAAUCUGGCAGAUUUGGUUGCAUAAAACAGUAUUCUUGUUGA